UUUUAACUUGCAUACACUACAAAACUUUGUUAUUAUCACAAAGAGAAAAAAAAGAAAGAAAGAGGCUAAAAAAGGAAAUGGCAGAGCAGGAUAAUCAUGAUUUGAUUAAGUUACUUGGUUCUUCAGACCGUGACUUUCUCAUUCGCAACAAUGGUGACCAGGUUAAGCUUGAUACUCUAAAGGGGGAAAAUAUUGGUUUGUACUUCUCAGCAUCAUGGUGUGGUCCAUGCCGACGUUUCACCCCGAAUUUGGUAGAGGCGUACAAUGAGCUCCUAUCAAAAGGAGACUUUGAAGUUGUUUUCGUUACUGCUGAUCAGGAUGAUGAAUCAUUUAACGCGUACUUCUCUAAAAUGCCUUGGCUUGCUGUCCCAUUUUCUGAUUCCGAAACACGUAAACGUCUGGAUGAAUUGUUUGAUGUUAACGGAAUACCCCACUUAAUGAUCCUUGAUGCUAGUGGGAAGGUAGUGACAGAUAGCGGGGUUGAAAUCAUCGCUGAGCAUGGUGUGGAAGGUUACCCUUUCACUCAAGAAAGGCUAAAUGAAAUUAAAGAGCAAGAAGAAACCGCUAAAAGAGAACAAUCUUUGAAAUCUAUCUUGGAGUCACAAUCAAGAAACUAUGUAAUUGCAGCUGACGGAAGGAAGGUACCUGUUGCUGAGCUUGAAGGAAAGAUUGUAGGCCUGUAUUUCUCAAUGACCUCUUUCGAAGAAUGUGGAUCGUUUACUCGGAAGCUGAUCGAGAUGUAUGACAAGUUGAAGGCACAGAGGGAGAACUUUGAAAUUGUGAUGAUUCCCCUUGACGAUGAAGAUGAAGAGGAAUCGUUUAAGGAAGGGUUUGCAAGCUUGCCUUGGUUUUCACUUCCUUUAAAAGACAAGACAUGUGAGAAGCUAAUCCGAUACUUUGAGCUCUCUGACCUUCCUACCUUAGUCAUCAUUGGAACAGAUGGAAAGACUCUUCAUUCUAAUGUUGCUGAAGCCGUCGAGGAGCAUGGCAUCCUGGCAUAUCCUUUUACCCCCGAGAAAUUUGCUGAACUUGAGCAGAUAGAGAAAGCUAAGCGGGAAGCACAAACGUUGGAGUCGAUUUUGGUCAUGGGAGAUCUUGAUUUCGUCAUUGGAAAAGAUGGUGAAAAGAUUCUGGUGUCUGAUCUUGUAGGGAAGACUAUUCUACUUUAUUUCUCUGCACAUUGGUGUCCUCCAUGCCGUGGUUUUACGCCAAAGCUUAAAGAGGCAUAUGAGACGAUUAAAGCCAAAAAUGGUCCAUUGGAAGUGAUUUUCAUAUCCAGUGAUCAAGAUCAAGCCUCAUUUGAUGAAUAUUUUGCUACAAUGCCAUGGCUGGCUCUUCCCUUUGGUGAUGAAAGGAAGGCAUCCUUGAGUCGCCUAUUUAAAGUUCAAGGCAUACCAAAAUUGAUUGCUAUAGCGGCAUCAGGCAAGACUAUUACAACUGAAGCCAGAAAUUUGAUCAUGUCUCAUGGUGCUCAUUCUUUUCCAUUCACUGAGGAGCGUAUGAAGGAGAUUGAGGCAGGAAUUGCUCUAGAAGAGAAAAAGGAAAACGACAUGAAUCCUGAGGAAGAUCAAAAGGAGCAAGGCAAAGAGGAACAGAAAGCAAAUGAAGGAUGGAAUUGUGAUGGUGAAGUUUGUUUCAAAGGUUAAUUUGUUAUUAUGGUUCGGUGGUUUUAGUCUUACUUCAUGGCUAUGUUGUAUAAUGUGCCUUACUAUGUACUUAUAAGGCACAAUCAAUAAAGGUCACUUUGUGGUAAUGGUUUUGAAAUCGUUCUUUGUGAGACACUUUUAACUUGUCACUUUUGUGCAAUAAAAGUUUAAUUAAGCUU